CUUCCAGGAGGGUGGAAUCAACCUUUUCUCACAUUAAGUCCACCAACAUCCACAACCAAACUACUGAAUGGAGAAGGUCAUUCCUUCAUGUCAACAACAACAUCCUGUUUAGAAUCAUUUAGGAGUUGAAUUACUUACGCGGUGAUCUGUGAUGCAUUUUGGUUCAGCAAGCUUCACUGAGCUUAAGAAAGUAUUCAGACCAAAGCAUGCGGUACAGGAAUACCACUUAGGGGUGGAGUUCUCCAUCAAAACCGAAAGAGUCAGCUGUGUUGCUUCCAGUCUCUAUCAGGAAGCAAGAUGGGCAUCCACUACUCCAUCCCCAAAGGUGACCCCCUUCGAAUCGUGCUGAUCGGGAGGACCGGUGUUGGGAAGAGCGCUGUUGGUAACACCAUCGUGGGUAAAAAAGUCUUCCUGUCUUCAACGAGUGCACAGUCGCUGACGAAGUACUGCGAGAAAGAACGCGUCAACUGUCGGAGAAAGGUUCACGUUGCCGACACGCCGGGGAUUCUGGACACUUCAAAAGAUGCUGAGAAUAUAAAGACAGAGAUUAAAAAAUGCAUCCAGGUGACCUCCCCCGGCCCCCACGUCUUCCUGCUCGUGAUGCAGAUCGGCAGGUUUACUGACGUAGAAGCCAAGUGUGUGGAAGCGCUGGAGAAAAUCUUUGGUGAAGCGUUGUACCGCUACAUGAUGGUCCUGUUCACGCGGGGCGACGAGCUUCAGGGAAGAAACAUAACACAAUACGUGCAAAACAGCCACCCACAACUUCGAGAUGUGCUGAACAAAUGCGGGAACCGCUACCACGUCUUCAACAAUAAGAAAAGAAGGAACAGAUCUCAGGUGGUACGUCUGAUUAAGAAGAUAGACGACAUGGUGGGCGCAAACGGCGGUCAGUACUUUGGGGAGGAAAUGCUGAAGUCAUCCAAGAAGACUGAAUCCUGAGAGAAAUGAUUGACAGCGGGACUGUUGUUGUCAAUCCCUCCUGGUCUCGUCCUUCCGUCCAUCAUCAGUGAUCGUUACGGUAAUGGUUGCUAUUUGCGGGCAUUGCAAGCUACUGGUUGAUGGUGCAAUACCUCUGCUCUACAGCACUGCGGAAAGGCAAUAUUGACAGUCAUGGAAAAAAAUGAUCAGACGAAAGCCUGCUACAAGUAAAGGUACAUUUGUUUGCAGAGUCAGUUCCAAGUUCAAGUCCAGUCCAAAGUCAUCAAUAUUGGACUGGAGCCAUGAGUCAUGACACUUGGACUCCAGUCGUGAUGAUAUCAGUCCCUCCAAAUGUACCUUCAUUUGUAGCAGCCAUUAAAAUCAACAAGAAACUGUACAAACAAGAAUGGUCCAAUCAUUUUUUUUUCCAUGACUGAUUCCUGAACGCACCGUACUUGGCUUCACUUUAACGCCGAUCCCAUCUUAUAUCGUCAUGCGUUCGCGGUGAGUACUUAAACUGUGUUCAAGUAUGAGUGGACAAUGGCAACUGAAAAGAGAGGGUUCCCAAGCGGAAUGAUCACGUUUUUACGUUUGUUCUGGCGUCCUGGAUGUCAUACAGUAACCUCGGUGAAACGUGGGAACUGCUGUACUGGACCAAAGUAUUUGGUUUCAUCAUUAAACACUUUAAACCUGAUUGUUGUGGUUUCUAGUCAGGCUGCAAUCGAAAUAAA